AUGGCGAAUCCUAGGAAGUUCAGUGAAAAAAUAGCCCUCCAUAAUCAAAAGCAGGCUGAGGAGACGGCCGCCUUUGAAAAAAUUAUGCGUGAAGUUUCCGACGCAACCAACAAGCCAGAAGAAGCGCCACUAGUGUCACAAUACACAAUGUCUGGAGGGCGGAGUGGUGGUAUGUCCCCUACGCCCCGGUCACCUGGACAGAGGGGCCGCACUUCGUCAUCUGUGGGACCUAUGCGAAGGCCGGCAGACCGCAAGCAUGACACUAGUCCAUAUGGUAGCAAUGUUUACUUGAGUCCGCCACCAGACAGCAAUUGGCGGAGGACGAACAGCGAUUCGGCGCUGCACCAGUCGUGCGGUGAGCAGCAGAUCACCGCCCCACCACUGUCUCCCCACCAUCCAUUGCAUUCCCACGCGCAUCCACACAUGCAUCCGCACCAGAACCAUAGACGAGCUGCAAACAUCCACUUAGACGUGCUAGCGACACUCGGCAUGAGUCCAUCGAAUCGUCCCCGGUCCUCGUGUGAAAUUCCAAGAAUACCGAAUAACAACAACGUAUACGAGAGUGGCGGGGAUGGCGGCGGAGGUGGCGGCGUGAAGGGCGGCGGUGGAGGGGGCGGGCUCAUGUGCGGCGAGCUGCAAGUGCCGGGGGGCUCGCUGCCCGACCUAACCUCCGUGCACUUCCCGCCCCCGCACUAUCUGCCACAUCGGACCUCACCAGACUACCACCACCAUAGUGGGCACUUUUUCCAGAGCCCCAGUUCGCCGGGUGCGAUAUCCCCCGGCGGAGGUAGUAUAUCACCCGCGACGGGGGGGCUAUCCCCCGCGUCCGGUUCACCAGUGGGUGCUACGGUCCCACUUCCCAACAUGCACCACCAGCAAGACCACACAUCCUUAUAUGACACGCAAAAUCACUUAUCUGUACCAAACACAAAUAAUUAUCUUCAUCAUAGUAAGAAUAUGUCACCGUUAGACCACGGUUGGCUCGCAUCGAGUUACCAGCCCCAUUGUAGUCCACCCUCACAAUAUUCAUCGACAUCGAAUAUACCUUCACCCACGAUGGCCCACAGUCCCGGUAGUCCUGUAGAAUCUCCACAGACUGACUACAGUAAUCUUCACCAAGUGCUCUUACAACCCUUCGAGCAAAUCACAAUGCUGGACCCACCAACGUCAAGUUAUAACACGAGUUAUAUAAACCACAGUUCUCCACACUCACCUCAGACAACGAAUACGCAACACACAUAUUCAAGGGCGACUUGCGGGCAGAACGCGAGCGGUAUGCACGCGGCGACGCACACGCAGACGCACACGUACCCGCAGGCGGGGACGCAAAGCAGUGUCGAGGAGCCGCGGCGCGCCCGCGACCCCGUGGCGGGCGGGUUCCCCAUGCAACCGUUGCCUUCGCCCUCACAACCCCCGACGCCAGCUACCCCCGCGUCGAUACCCGAUAUCAUACUUACCGAUUAUUCGGGCGAACUAGACGCGGGCAUAUUUGGCGGUGAGGAGGCACAGCUCCGGGCCGGCCUCGACCUGGACGACUUGACCCUACUGGAGGAGCCCAGUGCGCUACUACCGGACUCGUCGGUCGAGCACGAAUUUCGACUGGACCGCCUCGACCGCUUGUAG